GGGGUUUCGCCAUCUUGGUCAGGCUGGUCUCGAACUCCUGAUCUCAGGUGACCCACCCGCCUUGGCCUCCCAAAGUGCUGGGAUUGCAGGCGUGAGCCACCACACCCGACCUCUCCUGAGGUUCUGCUGGCUUCUCCCGAUGUUUCCUUAUGUGGGAAUGGAAUCCCCAGUAGUGGAUCCCUAGUUGCCUUCUGUGAGAAAAGGCAGGAACAGGCUUCAGGAGGGGCGCUUCCUGCUGCAGGCAGCGUGUUCAGGGCCUCCAUCCACAAGGGCCGAUGCCCGGGGGGCCGGCUGUGUUACCUGGAGCACUUGCUUCGUGGAUCUCUUCGGUAGAACACGCGCUCAGUGGUAGCUGGAGCUCCAGCUCUUGGCAGCACUAAGAUCCCAUGCCUGUACCUUAACCGUCACCCCAGGUUCUUCCCGUGGCUGGGAAGCUGCAGGAAGGCGCGUUCAGGACUCAGGACCGUGGCUGCAGCAGUGGCCAGAUGGCUGAGGGCGUGCGCUGCUCCUGGGCCAGACUUGCCUGCCCGGCCCCGAACCUUUUCCAGCACCAUGUUUGUUGAGAUUCUCCAGUCUUCUGAGGCUACUGCUGAUGGUGACACUAAGCUGAAAACUGUACGGGGUGUCGUGACAAGGUACUGCAGCGAUUAUGGCAUGAUUGAUGAUUUGAUCUACUUCUCCAGUGAUGCUGUGACUAGCAGAGUGCUUCUGAAUGUUGGACAGGAAGUGAUUGCAGUUGUGGAAGAAAACAAAGUGUCCAAUGGACUGAAAGCAAUCAGGGUAGAAGCUGUCUCUGAUAAAUGGGAAGACAACAGCAGAAACCAUGACAGUCCCUCAGACUGCAGCCCCCAAGUGUUGAUUGGCUGUGUGACUUCCCUGGUGGAGGGCGCAGGCUGUAUCAGUCAGACCACCUACUUCUCUCUGGAGAGUGUGUGCGAAGGCUUCGAGCCCUGCAAGGGAGACUGGGUGGAGGCUGAGUACCGGAUCCGGCCCGGCACGUGGAGCAGCGAAGCCACCUCGGUGAAGCCACUGAGAUACAAGCGCGUGGACAAGGUCUGCAUCUCUAGCCUCUGUGGAAGGAACGGCGUGAUAGAAGAAAGCAUCUUCUUUACCUUGGACUCCUUGAAACUGCCAGAUGGGUACAUACCCCGGCGAGGUGACGUGGUCAAUGCAGUGGUGGUGGAGAGCAGCCAGUCAUGCUACCUCUGGAGGGCGCUUUGUAUGACCCUAGUGAAGAGGCGAGACGCCGCCCCCGUUCAUGAGGCCACUCAUUUCUAUGGAACCAUUUUGUUGAAGAACAAAGGUGAUAUUGAAGUUACACAGAUGACACAUUUUGGAACCCUAAAGGAAGGAAGAAGUAAAACCAUGGUGAUCUGGAUAGAGAAUAAAGGAGACAUUCCUCAAAACUUAGUCAGCUGUAAACUGGCUGGCUGGGAUAAAUCUAAACAAUUCAGAUUUCAAAUGCUGGAUAAAGACCAGAUGUGCCCCGUGGUAUCUUUUGUUUCUGUUCCUGAGAAGGAGAAUUCAUCAGAUCAAAAUAUUAACUCAUUAAAUAGCCACACAAAAAACAAAACCUCUCAGAUGUCAGAGAGCAGUUUGGUGAACAACAGAGGAAUCUCUCCAGGUGACUGUACCUGUAAAGGAGAAAAUGGAGAAAAAGACAACAUUCUAUCAAGGAAGCAGAUGACAGAGCCCGAGCCUGGGGGGCUUGUCCCUCCAGGGGGAAAAACCUUCAUUGUGGUCAUAUGUGAUGGAAAAAAUCCUGGCCGCUGCAAGGAGCUCCUUUUGCUUUGUUUUUCCGAUUUCCUAAUUGGGCGAUACCUUGAAGUAAAUGUUAUCAGUGGGGAGGAGUCACUAAUUGCUGCGCUCGAACCAUUUUCUUGGAAAAAGCUUAAAAGUUCACAAGCAUUAACAUCUGCAAAAACUACAGUUGUUGUGACCACACAGAAAAGGUACCAUAAGGGAAAUGAGUGUGGCUCUUGGUCUGGCAGUUUUAUCUGUGAAGGAAAAGCGGACGUGCACUGGCAGGCAGUGGCCACCACCUGGCUGGGAAGGAACGCAAGACGACAACUUCCAAGUUUUCUUCCCCAAUAUCCAAUCCCAGAUAGACUUAGAAAAUGUGUGGAACAAAAAAUUGACAUCCUGACUUUCCAGCCAUUACUUGCAGAGCUUCUGAACAUGUCAAAUUACAAGGAGAAGUUUUCAACUUUGCUGUGGCUUGAGGAGAUUUAUGCAGAAAUGGAACUGAAAGAGUAUAACAUGAGCGGGAUCAUCUUAAGAAGGAAUGGGGAUCUGCUGGUUCUGGAGGUCCCAGGGUUGGCUGAAGGGAGGCCUUCUCUCUACGCAGGUGAUAAACUGAUUUUAAAAACUCAAGAGUACAAUGGACAUGCCAUCGAAUACAUCAGCUACGUGACUGAGAUUCACGAAGAAGAUGUAACUCUUAAAAUUAAUCCAGAAUUUGAACAAGCCUAUAACUUUGAACCUAUGGAUGUGGAAUUUACAUACAAUAGGACCACAAGCAGACGGUGUCACUUUGCACUUGAACAAGUCAUCCACUUAGGUGUAAAAGUGUUGUUUCCAGAAGAAGUUAUUUUACAGUCUCCACAAGUGACGGGAAAUUGGAACCAUGCACAAGACACCAAAAGCAAUGGACAGUCCACCAGCAAAAAGACUAGGAAAACAAUGACGGACCAAGCUGAGCGUGGAACAAAGGAGAGGCGUGUUGGUGACAAGGACCUGCCGGCUCUGGCGCCCUUUACUGCAGAGAUGAGCGAUUGGGCAGAUGAAAUUCAGACCCCUAAAUCAAGAAAGAUGGAGUUUUUCAAUCCAGUGCUAAAUGAAAAUCAGAAGUUAGCAGUUAAAAGGAUUCUGAGUGGUGACUGCCGUCCCCUCCCGUAUAUUCUCUUUGGACCUCCUGGGACUGGAAAGACAGUGACAAUAAUAGAGGCUGUUUUACAGGUACACUUUGCCUUGCCGGACAGUCGGAUUUUAGUCUGUGCGCCCUCCAACAGUGCUGCUGACCUCGUGUGUCUGCGGCUGCACGAGAGCAAGGUGCUACAGCCGGCCGCCAUGGUUCGGGUGAACGCCACCUGCAGGUUCGAGGAGAUAGUUAUUGAUGCCGUCAAACCGUAUUGCAGAGACGGAGAAGACAUCUGGAAAGCCUCACGCUUCCGGAUAAUCAUCACCACAUGCAGCACCUCAGGGCUGUUUUACCAAAUAGGAGUGAGAGUUGGGCACUUCACUCACGUGUUUGUGGACGAGGCUGGGCAGGCAAGUGAGCCGGAAUGCCUCAUUCCUCUGGGGCUGAUGUCGGACAUCAGCGGCCAGAUCGUGCUGGCAGGAGACCCCAUGCAGCUUGGCCCAGUCAUUAAGUCCAGACUCGCCAUGGCCUAUGGGCUGAACGUGUCCUUGUUGGAACGGCUGAUGUCUCGACCCGCGUACCAGAGGGACGAAAAUGCUUUCGGUGCCUGUGGCGCACAUAACCCCCUGUUGGUCACAAAGCUGGUGAAGAACUACCGAUCCCACGAGGCCCUGCUGACGCUGCCCUCACGGCUGUUCUACCACAGGGAACUCGAGGUCUGUGCGGACCCCACAGUAGUGACCUCCUUGCUGGGCUGGGAGAAGUUGCCUAAGAAAGGCUUCCCUCUCAUCUUCCAUGGUGUGCGGGGCAGCGAGGUACGGGAGGGAAAAAGCCCAUCGUGGUUCAACCCGACCGAGGCCGUCCAGGUCCUGCGCUACUGCUGCCUCCUGGCCCAGAGCAUCUCCAGUCAGGUGUCUGCCAGCGACAUUGGCGUCAUCACGCCCUACCGGAAGCAGGUGGAGAAAAUCCGAAUUCUUUUGCGUAACGUUGAUCUGAUGGAUAUAAAGGUUGGAUCAGUAGAGGAGUUUCAAGGACAAGAGUAUCUGGUCAUCAUCAUUUCAACCGUACGGUCAAAUGAAGAUAGAUUUGAAGAUGAUCGAUAUUUUUUGGGUUUCUUGUCCAACUCAAAAAGAUUUAAUGUUGCAAUCACCAGAGCCAAAGCUUUGCUGAUAGUGCUGGGAAACCCCCAUGUUCUCGUUCGAGACCCCUGUUUUGGUGCUUUGCUGGAAUACAGUAUUACGAACGGUGUUUACAUGGGAUGCGAUUUACCUCCUGAACUGCAGUCUCUGCAAAACUGUGGUGAGGGGGUGGCAGACCCCUCCUACCCAGUGGUGCCAGAAUCCACAGGACCAGAGAAGCAUCAGGAGCCCAGCUGAUCUGCAGUGGCUGACAGCAGGGAGGCCAUGUGCUCGGCCUGGCCACGUUGCUGUUACAGUCUGCUCCGUGGCUCCUGUGGCCUGCCCUUGUCUCACAGCCAGGCGGGGUCGUGUGUGGGUGUGGGGCUGCCAGGUUGGACGCAGCUGCUGCUGCCGUGACUUUGGCAUAUGCCAGCCUGUUCCUGCCACAGGGCAGUCACUGCCGCCUACCCUGAAAUAAACCCUCGAGUGACCCCCAGCAGCCUUUCUACCUCAA